AUGACCAUCUCAAGACUUGUCAAGAUUGGAGGUAUUUCAAUGUUGCUCGUUGCAGCUAAUGCUGUUGCUUUCAAAGGAGGACACGACUCUGUUGAUGGAAGUGGAAAAUUCUCAUCUCAUAAACUCACAGAAACCUUGACUGCUGUGGACAAGGAUAUCCAAGCUCAAGUUUCUAAACUCAAUGAACAAAACUUUGAUUUUAAGAAUAGAGAAGAAGUUAUUAAUGUUGUUUGUUCCAAGCAACUCCCAGUCCUCCAAAAGUCUUGUAAAUCUUUGUUCGAUAGAUACUAUCACAGCUACAAGGUAGGAAAGGGUGCCGAUAUUGAAGAAUAUUUGAGAGUUGUUAUCAAGAAGUAA